AUAAAAACGAUAAACUGUUUUUUUUUGCUCAACGCCUGCUGUUCCAAGUGCCCGUUUUACCCUACCUAGUGGAUAUCGAAACCAAGUUAACUGUUCGUUCUAACAAUUUGCGCACGCGUUUGCGACUGCAUUAAAUCAACUUUCCCGAAGGUGUGCGGAAGACAACUGUUUGGACUCGGGUAGAAGCCUUUGUUGCCAUGUGUCGUCGUCGGUUGCCGUUGUCGUUGUUUGGUUCUCGAUGUACAGCACCCUCUUAGCAAAACAUUCAAUUCAAUUUCAAUUAGCUACACCUACGCUGUUCGUCGCGAGUGUCCAUGAAUAAUUGUAACCAUUGAACGGAAUUAAUUGGAUAUUGAUGACAACCCAGAAUAAGAAGCAAUAAAAAACACACUAGCUCUCAAACUGGAAAAUGCAUUUUCAUUUCGUGAAGUGAAACAGUGACAACGACGCCUCGGGAACAAUCAACGGAUCGCAGUCGUGGAAUCAACCGUGACAGAGCCGUUGGAGACGUUGCACGUGAACGAGUUCGCACCCAACUAGGGGGCUAGGAGAAGCGAACCGCGGGCGCCAAUCCUGUUGUGGAGGAAACAAAUGAUAAUUCUAUUAGCUCAGUGCGAGCGGUUUCUUUUGAAGUGUGUUUUCGUUGAAGUGUACGUGUGUUGAUGUGCGUCGGUUUUCAGGCACAACAAUUAGAGCAGAGUGAUGCAAACUCCAGUUACCAAUUAGCGCCGGUAAAGUUCCGCAACCGGCAUCUCUCAAGAGACCAGCAACCGCAGCAGGCUACGGAUUUGCCAAUUAUCACCAGAACCGUAGGUGCAGAAAUUGGAGUAGUGACUAAACAGCUGAAAGUGGUAGCCGAACAUUUUGGGAAAGUAGAAGAAUAUCGUGUUUACUUUCGUUAUCGCUGAAGAACCAUCAACGUUUAUCGCCAACGGAGUUCAAGUAGCAGAUUAUUACUCAACACCUUAUGAAUUAACGAAAAAUUCGCUGAGUGGCUUUUGAAGUGCAGCUCCUUUUGAAAACCCUCAAUUGGUGUACGGCAACACUGGUUAGUGUUGCUAGUUGAAGUGAAUUCUUAAGUGUCACGCGUAAAUCAGGAUUUGUACUGUACUUCUUGCAGCUGAUGGCAGGAUUGUGUUAUCAUCGGUGAAAGUGAUGUUUCAAAUAUAAGUCUAUUCAAAAGGUUGAACUAAGUUUGCAGCGCGCUUCGAAAAACGUGGGCGCGCGCGUCGUCUUUAGGCGUUUGCGUUAGUGUUUGCGCGAGUGUAUCUGUUCGGACGUGCGUACUCAUUCGGGCUAAUCAUUCUAAUUAAACUCAUCCUCUCAUCAGAGUGAGGUAUAGGCGUGGGGCUACAUGAGCUCAUCAGAAACUGGCAGUACCAGAAAACCGUGAUCCGAAUGAAAAUCAAUAAAACAGUUGAAUCCUGUUGGAAUAUCGAAUAGGGAAGUGAAGUGCUGAAUUUCGGAAAACCGGGAAGCGCAAAUCGGAAUCAAAAUUUACAACAUCGCCCGGCUAGCCGAUCUCGAAGCGGCCACAUCCGGCAAUCGCCGUCCCCAGCACCCAAUACAGCAUCCAAUGGGCAUAUCGGAUGAGGCCAAGCUGCUGGUAGUCGGACCGGACGAUUUGCCCCAUGAGGCCCGCUCAGCCCUGGGCAGUCCGUUGUUGGAUCAGCGGGGUGGCAUUAGCGUUAUUUCGUCCGUGGGUUCUUCGAGCUCGCCGGGAUACGGAGGCAGGAGCCAUCUGAUGAGCAGUCCGGCCGGGGCCAGCAGCGGCAUGGGUGGGGACCCGAACAGUCCGCUGUCGGAUCAGCACAGCGACGAUGGCGGAGACGAGAUGAUGACACCAAAGAGGAAGCAGCGGAGGUACCGGACCACCUUCACUAGCUUCCAGCUGGAGGAGCUGGAGAAGGCGUUCUCCAGGACCCACUAUCCGGAUGUGUUCACCAGGGAAGAGCUGGCAAUGAAAAUUGGAUUAACUGAGGCUCGGAUACAGGUUUGGUUCCAGAACCGCAGAGCCAAGUGGCGCAAGCAGGAGAAAGUCGGUCCUCAGGGUCAUCCCUACAACCCGUACCUGGCAGCCGGUGGUCAAGUUCCGUCGGCCACAGUUGUAGCGCCCUCUUUACCCCCAAAUCCCUUCACUCAUCUGGGUUUCAACUUGCGCAAACCAUUCGACGCAGCCAGCCUGGCGGCAUUCCGCUAUCCAACACUCGGGGCUAGCCACAUGAUUCCUUCGGCUUACUUCAAUCAGUUCCACAGAACUCCUCCCCCUCCCCUAUUACCACCGGGAGUGAGUGCCCUCUACACGCCCUCGGCCUCGUUCCAGACGCUUCUGGCCAACAUAUCGGCAGCGCAGCGAACUCCCCAGGUGCUGCAAUCGAAACCAUCCCCACCGGGUGCCGUCAGCAGUUCCGAUUACCUCAGCGGCGCCGUGGGACCACCCCCGCCUCAGGUGUCCUCGCUUCCAUCGCCAGCGUCGCCUCCGGUGUCACCCACCUCAGCAGUGUCCGUGCCAGUAGUUCCUUCGUCAGCGGUUGUUCCUCAACCGGGUUCAACGACCCCGCCCCAGGACCGGAGAAGUUCCUCGAUCGCCGCCCUUCGGCUCAAAGCCCGGGAGCACGAACUGCGACUGGAGAUGCUCCGACAAAAUGGGCACAGUGAUAUCAUUAGCUAAGGAUUUGCUGACCUUACCACCCCUUUCCUUCCUGUUUCAUCCUUUUUCCCAACAGUCGUAAACACGUUUCCUUAAAACUACCUUCCGCAAAUAAUAAUCGCUUUCACAUACCGUACUAAAAUCCCAACAAAACGUCCUCGGAUUUUCAAACAAAUUCAGGAGACGGACAUUACUAGCAAGUUUAUUCGUGCUCAGUGCAUUUACUUAGUGCACAAAUUACCUAGCCUUAAGAUAAAGUGCCUUUUGAACUGGUUGCUUCAAAGUUCUGGCGGUGACGCUCAACAAACUCAGUAACUUUGCACAAAACGCCUCUUGGAGUCCUUGCCCACGGUUGAUAAGCUAUCGUUGUGUUGUGGGAUGAUGCAUUUUUAAUUUUUCGUAGUUCGUAUGGUUCCAGGCUGCAGGUUGCAGGUAUCAUUGGUUAAGUACUUACAGAGAAAACGUUAGUUUGAAACCUGAAUCCCGAACCGAUUUGCAUGAAUUAUACUAUUUUUCAUGAUGUUAGUGAAUUCUAUCUGAACAUCUGCACUAUCAAGAACAAACAAGAUUGUCGCCUUUAAAAAGUAAAGAAAACUAAUGUUGUCCUUAAACUUUUAAUGCAAGACUUUUCUUUUAAAUGAGAAUAGCAUUUAUCGAUCCAGUGAAACAAUAACAUUUUAAUUCGAAUAACAUAACUGUACAGGUUUGAAGUCGUUAUUUUGAGUAUUUUGAAAAUUAUGGCCUAUCAAAGUUAAAAAAUAAUUUUUGAAUUCCUAGUUCAUUUCAAUACUAUUUUGCAAAUUUCUUCCAAACCUUGUCAAUUGGGUGCAGAAAGCUGUUUGUGAUUGAUAGGUUAAAAAAUAUUGAUAGAAUUUGCAAAUCUGAAGAAAUAACAGCGUUUCUACAAAAACUACUUUUUUCAGAAAAAUUAAAGAACUUCAUUUUUGCUAUUUUUCUGCAGACUUUGUUAGAUAUACAUAGAAUAUCGUAAUAAAAAUACCAUGAGCCGAUUCUUUUAAAUUUCUAUAACAUCACACAAAAAUAUCCACGCGUUUCCGAGAUAUUAAAAUUUUUAUUAGUAUUUUUUUUAAACAAAAUAAACAUUUAAAGGCUAAAUGAUAGCGAUUUUCAACAAAAAACUUGAUGGCUCUGAGUUUUGCUAUGUUGCUUAAAUUUACGAUUUUAAGAAAGUUUAGAGCAUUUCAAAAUGUUUAUUUGAUAGACUACAUGCCAUAAAUUGACUCAUUGCUGAUGCAAAUAAUUGCACUAAAUUUUUAAAACAACAAACAGCUUCGUGAGUUGAGUUAUUAGAACCCAAUAAAUUGAAAUUCAAGUUCAUAUUAAAUGUUAUUUGAAUAAUCAGUUAAAAUUCAUUGGGAGAUUAAACCAAAAAAGGAUUGCUUUUCUUUAUAAAAAAUUCAAAUUUGUUUCAAUCAAAACUAUGAAAUUUCUUGAAAUUGUUCGUUUGGCCAGAUAUUAUUUGUAAAAUUUAAUAAUUUUGUUUCCUAAAAUUAUUUUUUUGAGUAUUUGAUCUAAAGGCCAUUGACAGUUUUCCAUAAUUUCACAAAAUAAUUCUUAUUUUUUUUUUGAAAAAGACUGAUUGAAGGAGAUUUUCUUAAAGGAGACUAUAGAUAAGCGUUAAAAAAAAAACUUUCUAAAAACAACCGAUAGAACUUCCCAUUACAGUGAAUGUCUUUAAAAUGUCAUGUAGAUCUUGAUAUCGUUUUGGAAAUAGUCCAAAUUGUUCAAAUAACAUAUUUUGUCAAAUUUUUCCAGAAAGCAUUUAAAACUAGUUCUCAUGCAGCUUUUUCCGUUUUUUUAAAUCAUUGUCUCGAAUGAUUUGAUUCUUUUAAUUCAUGGGUUCCGAUUGAAAUAUUAAGAAAACAUUUCUAGACGUGGGUUGAUUUUUUUCUUCUUUUCAAUGAUAGGAUUCUGGUUGGAAACGUAUGAAAUUUUAAUACCAUGCCUUGUUGCAAGUAAAAUUUGAUAAAAUAAAUGCGGAAUAAAGGUGGAUAAAAUUUUCUUACGACGAUAAAAUAUUUACCUCAUAUUAAGUAUGUACUUGUUAUUGUUUUUACGGUUUUGGAAACACAAUCAAGUAAAUUUUAAGCAUCAUUCGAAUUCAAUGUUGACAUUCAGUGGAAAACAUUGGAAAUUGGAAUUAAUCCGACAUCUGUUAAUUCGGCGUUUAUUCAGCCAAAAUGAUACAAAAUUUUGCUCGCAAAAGUUCUUGAUAAAAAAAAUUGUUAGAUACCGUAAACUGGGGGAACUUUGAUCACUUUUUUCAUUAGUUUUUAAACAUUUUGGAAGGGGUUGCUUUUUCGUUAUACCUCAAAGUUUUAAAAAACUUAUUCAGGUGAGGAGUUUAAAACAUGAUCAUUGAUACCUCAACAUCUUCAAAAUUAUUUUUAUGGUGCCAUUUAGCACAGAGGGCAUAAACUUUAAUAACAGUUAUUAUUGUUAGGACUAAACUGUUUUUUCAAGGUUUUUUUUUUUUAAAAUUUUGGUAUCGAAUUUUGAAUACGGCGAAUGCGUCAACAUUGCUGUUUCGAGAAAAACGCGUUCAAAGUUUGACAGCUCCAUAAGCUCCCAGCAAAAAUAUUAUUUUUUUUCCUUUAUUUCUCGAAAACUGAACAUUCUUUAAAUAACUUUAUACCAUCGAAAUGUAGGUCUUCUAACGUACUUUUUCACCCAGUUGAUAACUCAGUUUGUUUACAUUUGGCGCAUUCGCCCUAUUCAAAAUUUGCUACCGAUUUAUAAUCAAAAAAUGGACAAUUUGGUUGCAUACAUUUAGGGGUAAAAAUUAUAAACAUUUCUAUUUUUUUCGGGCUCAAAAAUAAAUGAAAUUAUGCCUUCAUGCAAUUCCCUAGGUCCUCGCACUGUUCCCAUGUUUCUUUUUUUCUUCAAAUUGAACCAUUUGAUUGGGUUUUAGCCAUUUUUAAUAUACGGGCUUUCUCAUGGAAAAUCACCGUAUUUUUUUUAAGAAAUCCAAAAGUUAUUACCAAAUGACCAUAAAAAUAAUGCUUAAACUAAACCUAAACAAAAAAAAAAAAGUUGAACUUUUACAUAAAACAACCCAUUUGCUCCUAAAUGCUUAAAUUUGAUCAGAAGAGAUUUUUUUUGUGAGCCUUCGAAAAACCAGAUAAGAAAAGAUAUAAAAAUUACAUUUUUUAUAAUAUCAAAAUUUUCUAAUAAAAACUAAACUUAGCUUAAUUGUAAAUCUAUUUGUUGGCUAGUAAACAGUUUUCAGAUAUUUCAACAUUUUACUCAGUUAAUGUUGAUUAUCUGCAAAAAUUUCAUGUUGAUCAAAGUUCCCCCAGUUCACGGUAUGUUAACCCCUUUUUUUAGCAAAUCAACCUUAAAUGCAGUGUACUGUUGACGACUUAUUUUGGUUUAAGUUUAAACGUGGCUCUGGCAUUGAUUCGAGCAGAAAACUGUUUUUGUUCUCAAAUUUUUAAAUUUGCAUACAAAAUUCAUAUGUACCUCUGUAAAUAUUAGUCUUCUUGUGUCUUAAUAUUUUCAUUUAAUAUUAAACGCAAAACUUUUAAAACACAUUUUUAACGUAUGUGUGUGAUUUUUAUGCUUUUUGGCUUCCAAAUGAUUCAAAUUAAAAAAAAACCGGUCGAACAUAUUUCAUUUGGAGAUUCAACAACAAUUUUAUUUGACCUACAAAGAAGAACAGAAACAGAAAUAGAGACAUUUCAAAAUUUGUGGGCCUCAGACAUGUUUUAUUACAGGUUGUCAGUUUUUUUCUUCAUAUAGAUCUGCACCCGUGCCGAUCAAAUUUUUGUAACAACCUGGACAAUCCUAGCUUUUCUUUUCCAAAUGUUUAAACCAAAACCCGGGCAAUAUCCAAAUAAAUUUGGGCAAAAUCAAAGAUUAAUUCAAUAAAAAUCAAGAACAAAAUGCAAACAUUUUAUUUUUCGAAACACAUCAGAAGAUUAUUAACUCUUCUUCAGACUUCCGAAAAAAAUGUUGACUAUUUUGUGAUAAAACUUUCUCAAAUAUUUUCGUUUUUGGACGGAAAAU